GGUUAAUGGACCCAAAAAAGCCUCGACCCGAUUUACCACCUAUAAAUACGCAUAACAUGCAAAACCCUAGCUAUUUUCCCCUUGCACGGUCGGGAAGCUUCGAGUUCUUUUAGGUGAUUUUCUGUUAGGGCUGUUUGGUAGGUGAUGGCUCCAAGUCAACCUAAAACUGGCCUUUCUGUGGGCUUAAACAAAGGACAUGUUGUUACCAAGAAGGAAUUGGCUCCCCGCCCUUCUAAUAGAAAGGGGAAAACCAGCAAGAGAGUCCACUUUGUGAGGAGCCUAAUUCGGGAGGUUGCUGGUUUCGCUCCAUAUGAGAAGAGGAUAACUGAACUUCUCAAAGUUGGGAAAGAUAAGCGUGCUUUGAAGGUGGCGAAGAGAAAGUUAGGCACUCACAAGCGGGCCAAGAAGAAGCGUGAGGAGAUGUCUAGCGUUCUCCGCAAGAUGAGGUCAGCUGGAGGUGGAGAGAAAAAGAAGUGAGUUGCCCUGCGAUUGUGCUUCAAAGCAAGUAUUGAGUUUUUUAGAUUUGUUAAAUUCUCUCUUCAGUUUUGUUUGGAGAGUUUGGAGUACUGAGUCGGAUAGCAUUCUUUUACUUGUGUUGGAUAUUUAAAAAAAAAGAAAAUGAAAUUUGCAUCACUUAAUUGCAAUCUAGAUUCGAUUAUGAAA